AUGGAGAGUGCAAUCACGCUGUGGCAGUUCCUGUUGCAGUUGCUGCUGGACCAGAAGCAUGAGCAUCUGAUCUGCUGGACCUCCAAUGAUGGUGAGUUCAAGCUCCUCAAGGCAGAAGAAGUGGCCAAGCUGUGGGGACUCCGCAAAAACAAGACGAAUAUGAACUACGACAAGCUGAGCCGAGCCCUGCGCUACUAUUACGACAAGAACAUCAUCAAGAAGGUGAUCGGGCAGAAGUUUGUGUACAAGUUUGUCUCCUUCCCGGAGAUCCUGAAGAUGGACCCCCACGCCGUGGAGAUCAGCCGGGAGAGCCUGCUGCUGCAGGACCGGGACUGCAAGGCGCCGCCCGAGGGCCGCGAGGCGCACCGCCAUGGCCUGGCCGCCCUCAAGAGCACCAGCCGCAACGAGUACCUCCACUCGGGCCUGUACUCGUCCUUCACCAUCAACUCCCUGCAGAACCCGCCCGAGCCCUUCAAGGCCAUCAAGACGGAGAAGCUGGAGGAGCCGCCGGAGGACGGGCCCCCCGUGGAGGAGGUCAGGACUGUCAUCAGGUUUGUCACCAACAAAACCGACAAGCACACCAGCCGGCCCGUGGUGUCCCUGCCCUCCACGUCGGAGGCCUUCCUGGCCUCGUCCGUCUCGGCCAAGAUCUCCUCCUUAAUGCUGCCAAACGCCGCCGCCAGCAUCUCCUCCGCCUCGCCCUCCUCCUCCCGGUCCCCGUCCCUGUCCCCCAACUCGCCCCUCCCCGCAGAACACAGAAGCCUCUUCCUGGAGGCCGCCUGCCAUGACUCGGAUUCCCUGGAGCCCUUGAACCUGUCGUCGGGCUCCAAGACCAGGUCUCCGUCUCUCCCCCCGAAAGCCAAAAAGCCCAAAGGCUUGGAGAUCUCUGCGCCUCCGCUGGUGCUCUCCGGCACCGACAUCGGCUCCAUCGCCCUUAACAGCCCGGCCCUGCCCUCAGGAUCCCUCACCCCCGCCUUCUUCACCGCACAGACACCAAAUGGAUUGCUCCUGACCCCGAGCCCACUGCUCUCCAGCAUACACUUCUGGAGCAGCCUUAGUCCCGUUGCUCCACUGAGUCCCGCCCGGCUGCAGGGGCCGAACACGCUGUUCCAGUUCCCAACACUGCUCAAUGGCCACAUGCCAGUGCCAAUCCCCAGCCUGGACCGAGCUGCUUCUCCAAUACUGCUUUCUUCGACCUCUCAGAAGUCCUGA